UAUAAAUAGAUAUAUAAUGGUUAUAUAUAUGUAUACAAUUUACAAUGGAGUUGUUUAUAAUACAAUGGCUGUCACUUUUCUUUGUCUUGGCGACAUCUCUGAAAGUAUAUGUGCCGGAAUGGCCCACUACGUAUAAGGCGUGUGUUUACGUGCAGACCGAGCAGGAAUACAUCCCCAUGGGUUGGUAUGUAGACGGCCGGACUCACAGAAUGAGACUGGAUAGCUACGGUAUACCGGAAGAUAAACACAGUAACCUCACAUAUUCCGACAACAGUUUCGACUACGCAUGCUCACACCUUGGAUCGCCGUUAUACAUCUAUCUAUAUCACUAUGACAACGGGAAAGAAUAUGACAUAUUUCCGGCACCCACAAAACCUUACCACCAAUGCACGGUUUAUAAUAUGACGACGAUGUAUCCCCGCAGUCCAUUGUUGCCUGGGCUGGAAUUUAUUGAACAAGCGACGGACAACUUUACUACGUAUAACCAUUGGAGAACAGAUUAUUUUCUCUUCACGAAUGACUAUUUCUUCCACGUCGCCAAUGGAUUACCAUACAAGGUUUACGUUGACGGUGUGGAAAAGACGUUUGUCUACAUUGAAAAUGUAGCGUUAGACGAAAACGUUUUCCUUGUGCCUGAUGACGUCACCUGCAAAACGGGAUGACCAUGCUAACAACAACAACAACAACAACAACAACAACAACCUUUAUAUAUUGACUGCGCUCACCAAGCACUCGAAAACACACUACUUUUUCCUUGUACCUAAUGACGUCACCUGCAAAACGGGAUGACCAGGCGAUAUCAGGGCCAACAGACAGUGCCAACAACAACAACAACAACAACAACAACAACAACAACAACAACAACAACAACAACAACAACAACGACGACGACGACGACGACGAUGACAACAACAACAACAACAACAACAUCGACCUUUAUUUAUUGACUGCGCUCACCAAGCACUCGAAAACGCACUAUUUUAUUUGGCAGACUUCUUGCGUUGAGUAGAUAGACCCAUUGUAUUUAUACAUGUGACCUACGGACGGCAUAUAGUACUUGUCACAUCGGGGCACGAGACUCGAUUUUGUUAUUUGUUAACUAAUCAUUCUAAAAAUACCUUAUGAUUAUUUAUGUAUUUAAAAGUUAAAAUCACUUUC